AUGGUUGGUGAUGUGCGGACGUCCGAGUGGGCGCAGCAGAUCCGCAACCAACUCGAGCAGCACGCCCUGCUGCUCAUGCAAAAGUCCCCCGAUGGGCUCUCUCUGCCGCUCCCGCCGGGCCUGCUGGCUGAGGCCCGAGCCUUGGGCAAGGCCUACGGUCCAGCGCCACCGGCCGCCCGUCUGCAGCCAAGCAGAGGGCGACCGAAGCAGCCGGGACGCAACAGUCGCGUCGCCACGGCAGGCGGAAGUGAUCGUGGUGACGGUGGCAGAGGCGGAGGUGGUGGCGCAGACGACGAGAGGCGCCGGCCGCGGGCGGCGGUGGCCGGUGGCAGGGGGGGGUCUGCUGGUGGGCGGCGGCGGCCGGCGUCUGCGGCGGCGGCGGUGGCGGCGGCGGCGCGGAAGCGACACCACAGCGGUGAGGUGGACAAAGAGCUGACGUUCAAGCCAGCGAUCAACAAGCGGUCGAAGCGGCUGGCGCAGGGUAAGCCGUCGGUGAGAGACCGGAUCCCGCCGGCAUUGGCGCCGUCGGAAAUCAGCUCGCUCGACGGGUCGGCCAUCAACUCGUCGGCCUCGGGCUCGGUCCGCGGGCACAAGGUCCGCAAGCUCAAGGGCUACGAGGAGUGCACAUUUCGACCCAAGAUCAACUCGCGCUCAGCCAAGCUCACCGCAGAUCGCGAUGAGGACAGGCUUGACUACAUGGGGGCGUACCGGACCGAGCACAUGUACCGCCGCGGACAGGAGCAGGAGGCCAAGCGCAUCGCCCUCGCCCGCCAGGCCGAGCGACGAUUCAAGUCCUCGCAUCCAUUCCGCCCGCAGGUUGCUUCACGCCGCAGCGACCUUGUCGACGAGCUGCCCUCGUUUGAGAAACGCAACAAGGAGUGGCUCGCCGCCAAGGAGGCGCGCCUCGCCCAGCUCGCGGCGUCCAAGGCCGAUCCCGAAGACGAAGAGCUCACAUUUCAUCCCAAGGUCAACCAUCCGCUCCGCCGCACCCCAAGUUCUACGGUCCGGGUUGCGGCGCAGUCGCGUCUCGCCGCUGAAGCGCGCCCCGGUGCAAGAAGCGGUGGUGAUAGAUCCGAUCCUGACUACGAGUAUGUGUACGAGAGCGACGAAGGCGAAGAAUCGGUGGACGUGGCGGACGUGGCGGACGUGGUGGACGUGGUGGACGUGGUGGACGUGGUGGACGUGGCGGACGUGGUGGACGUGGUGGGCGCGGCCGUGGCCCGCAAGUCAGAGAGCCUCAAGGCGAGGUCGUCGGCAGAGCUCGCACAAAACUCGAUGAGCAAGUUUGUGGCGCGGAUGAAGAAGGCGCGUAUGCUGAAGGAGGAGAAGAAAGCGCGGGUCCGUGGAAAGCGGGUCGCAGCACGGCGGUCGCGUACCGGUGAGAUCAUUCCCGAGCCGUUCCAGUUUACCGAGCGGGAGGAGAUGCGGGCGCGGAUGGUGGCGCGGAGCAAGGCGCCUGUGCAGGCGAUCGAGACGCUGCGGGUAGCGCCCGAGCCGGCCGAGAGCGGCGGUCGCCCGCCGCACACCUACGAGUACGAGUACGAGUACGAGUACGAGUAA